AUGAGAUCCCCUGAAAAGCACAGUGGCUUGGCUCAGGAACAGCACUCAACGGUAAUACUGUCUGAUGCCAACAUAACCAUGGGGAAGAUCAUAUUUUAUGAAGACAGAAACUUCCAAGGGCGCUCUCACGAGUGCAGCAGCGACUGUGCCGACCUCCACACCUACUUCAACAGAUGCAACUCCAUCCGGGUGGAGAGCGGCUGCUUCAUGGUCUACGAGAGACCCAACUACAUGGGAAACCAGUACUAUCUGAGGAGAGGAGACUACUCCGAUAACCAGCGCGUGAUUGGAAUAAACGAUUGCGUCAGAUCUUGCCGUAUGAUCCCGCAGUACCAAGGGUCCUACAGGAUGAGGCUUUACGAGCGCUUCGACAUGUCUGGUAAGAUGCACGAGCUGGUGGAUGACUGCCCAAACCUCCAGGACCAGCUCAGCAUCUCCGACUUCAACUCCUGCAACGUGAUGGACGGCCACUGGCUGCUGUACGACCAGCCCAACUACAAGGGCAGGGUGUACUACCUGCGGCCUGGGGAGUACCGCAGAUAUAGCGACUGGGGAGGCCUUACCCCCAGGAUCGGCUCCAUCAGAAGAAUCACAGACUUCAACUAA